AUGAAAUUCACUGGGAAUAACGUCUACUUGUUACUUUUAAGCAUCAUUCUCUUCGAACGUGAAACUGUGGACGGUUCAAAUACUACUACACAAAAUGUAACUGCUAAUUUAACAAACAUAGUUUUCAAAUGCCAAAUUAAAGAUCAAUACUGCAAAACGGUUACGAAUAAUGAAUUAGAUAAAACCGAACUAACUACAUUAUGGAGAGUACUUCAUGAGAUACAAAAAAUUCUAACCGGUUUCCAUUGCUAUCAAUCAGCUUAGCUUAAAGUUAUCUGGUUUGUUUAUAAAAAUAUUGUUGCAACACACUUUUAUAGCAUAUUUUGGGAAAAAAGAAAACGAUUUUUGAAAUGA